AUGUAUGUCUGGAAAAGAGAUGGCCGUAAGGAACGAGUUCAGUUUGACAAGAUUACUGCCCGUGUAUCUCGUCUUUGCUAUGGACUCGACAGUGAGCACGUAGAUGCAGCGACCAUUACUCAAAAGGUUAUUUCGGGGGUGUACCAAGGAGUUACCACUGUUGAACUAGACAACUUGGCAGCUGAAACUGCUGCCUAUAUGACCGUAACUCAUCCUGACUAUGCCAUUCUUGCAGCCCGUAUCGCUGUUAGCAACCUGCAUAAGCAAACCAAGAAGCAGUUCUCUCAAGUCGUAAGUGACUUGUAUCACUACGUUAAUCCCAAAAAUGGCCGCCCCUCGCCCAUGAUUUCGACACAAACCUACGAGACAGUUAUGCGCCAUGCCUCUGAGCUCAACUCUGCUAUUGUCUAUGAUAAAGAUUUUAACUAUAACUACUUCGGUUUUAAAACUUUGGAGCGUUCAUAUCUGUUGCGCAUAGACGGACAGGUUGCCGAGCGUCCGCAGCACAUGUUAAUGAGAGUAGCAGUCGGAAUUCACGGCGAAGAUGUUGAGAAGGCCAUUGAGACCUACAACCUCAUGUCUGCCAAGCAUUUUACUCAUGCUUCACCCACGCUUUUCAAUGCUGGAACUCCUUCCCCACAGCUAUCAUCUUGCUUCUUGGUUGCAAUGAAGGAUGACUCUAUAGAGGGGAUUUACGACACUCUGAAAAUCUGUGCUAUGAUUUCAAAAACUGCUGGUGGUAUUGGACUUAACAUCCAUAAUAUCCGUGCUACUGGUUCUUACAUUGCUGGGACGAACGGCAGUUCCAAUGGUAUUGUGCCUAUGCUCAGAGUUUAUAAUAAUACCGCAAGGUACGUUGAUCAAGGUGGAAACAAAAGACCUGGUGCUUUUGCCAUUUACCUUGAGCCAUGGCACGCCGACAUUAUGGAGUUUAUUGACUUGAGGAAGAAUCAUGGAAAGGAAGAGAUUCGCGCUAGAGACCUUUUCUAUGCCCUCUGGGUCCCUGACUUAUUCAUGAAGCGAGUUGAGAAAAACGGUGACUGGAGCUUGUUCUGCCCCAACGAGGCGCCUGGCUUGGCCGACGUCUGGGGUGAUGAAUUUGAGACACUUUACAAUAAAUACGAGAAAACCCCUGGCCUGCCUCGCCAGACCAUGAAGGCACAGAAGCUUUGGUAUGCCAUCCUAGAAACCCAAACCGAGACAGGAAACCCCUUUAUACUCUAUAAGGACGCCUGCAACCGCAAAUCGAAUCAGCAGAAUCUCGGAACUAUCAAAUCCUCCAAUCUUUGCACAGAGAUUGUGGAAUAUAGUUCUCCUGAUGAGGUUGCUGUAUGUAACUUGGCUUCCCUUGCUCUGCCAACCUUCGUAGAUGUUCAAAGGGGUGAGUACGAUUUUGCAAGGCUACAUGAUGUUACGAAAGUUGUCGUCAGGAACCUGAACAAAAUUAUCGAUGUGAACUUUUACCCUGUCGAGGAGGCGAGAAGAAGUAACAUGAACCACAGACCCAUUGCUGUUGGUGUCCAAGGUCUUGCCGAUGCUUUCCUUGCUCUUCGCAUGCCGUUCGAAUCCCCACAGGCAAAACAACUCAAUAUUCAGAUUUUUGAAACUAUCUAUCAUGCCGCUGUUGAGGCCUCAACUGAGUUGUCUGAAAUUCACGGCCCAUACUCAAGCUACGAAGGCUCUCCUUCCUCAAAGGGACAGCUUCAGUAUGACCUGUGGGGCGUCACCCCAACAGACUUGUGGGAUUGGGACGAACUAAAAGCAAAAGUUAAGAAGCAUGGACUUCGAAACUCUCUUCUUGUUGCGCCCAUGCCUACCGCGUCCACUUCUCAGAUCCUAGGAUUCAAUGAGUGCUUCGAACCUUAUACUUCUAACAUCUACUCCCGCCGUGUAUUAGCUGGAGAAUUCCAGAUUGUGAACCCUUGGUUGUUAAAAGACCUUGUGGACAUGGGCCUGUGGAGUGAUAACAUGAAAAACAGAAUUAUCGCCAACAAUGGUAGUAUACAGGCUGUCCCGAAUAUCCCAGAUGAUAUCAAGGCUCUUUACAAGACUGUCUGGGAGAUUUCACAAAAAAAGAUUCUCGAAAUGGCUGCCGAUCGUGGUGCCUUUAUCGAUCAAUCACAAUCUCUCAACAUCCAUAUCCAGAAUCCUACCAUGGGUAAAUUGACAUCCAUGCACUUCUAUGGGUGGAAGUUGGGCUUGAAGACCGGGAUGUACUAUCUCCGUACUCAGGCUGCAGCUGCAGCUAUUCAAUUCACUGUCGAUCAAGAAGCCCUAAAGGUGGAGGAUACCAAUGUUGCUCGCGUUCUUCCCGGGAAAAAACGCAUCCCGAAUACCGGCUACACUCCUCAGGCUGCGAUGCCUCGGCCAAUGAUGGCUACCAAACCUGCUCCACGUGUUGUCUCCGUUGGCGGACCUCCACCCCCUGCUCCUCGCUCUGAGAACUCUGAGAAAUCAGAGCCGUCUCCGACGCUUCUGGCGACGGAGCCACUCACCGAUCCAACUACAAUUGAUGGGUUGGAAGAGUUGGAGAACAAGAGGGGCCAAGCAGAGGAUGCAAAAAGCCUCAGUGAUGAAAGAGAGGUAGACAUCUAUGCCGAUGCAGUACUGGCUUGCAGUAUUGAGAACAAGGAGGAGUGCAUGAUGUGCUCCGCUUAG